AUCAUAUUUUGUAUGUUUCCUUUAGGUUUGGAGAAGCAGUAGAGGAGAAGAGGAGAAGGAAGGAGAUGUUCUCCUCUCAGGACACUGUGACUGUGAGCUCAGCGAGUGCUUUAGSUUUUUAGGACACCUCUCGGCAGCCUCUUCUGAGCCAACAACGCUGUUCUGAACGAAGAAGGACGGACAGCAGGCCUUUCUUUUAUCCAGGCACUCUGCUUUAGCCACUGCAGCCAUGGCCUUUACCUUGUCAGAAAUCAUGGCCGCACGACGGCAGCAGUCCCAAGCCCAGUCACACUCUCAGCGAGGCAGCAGGACGGCUGUGGAGGUGGACGAAUACAGCACWAACCCUACCCAGGCCUUCACCUUCUACAAUAUCAACCAGGGACGCUUCCAGCCRCCUCAUGUCCACAUGGUGGACCCAAUGCCUCAYGACACUCCCAAGCCACCAGGCUACACACGGUUUGUGUGCGUUUCGGACACACACUCCCGCACCGAUGCCAUCCAGAUGCCGUACGGUGAUGUGUUCAUCCAUGCUGGAGACUUCACCGAACUGGGACUUCCCUCUGAGGUCAAAAAGUUCAACGAUUGGCUGGGCACCCUGCCCUACGACAUCAAAAUAGUAAUCGCCGGAAACCACGAGUUGACCUUYGACCAGGAGUUCAUGGCAGACUUGAUCAAGCAGGACUUUUACUACUUCCCCUCGGCCUCCAAGCUGAAGCCAGAGAACUAUGAGAAUGUCCAGUCCCUCCUCACUAACUGCAUCUACCUGCAGGACUCUGACGUCACAGUUCGUGGGUUCAGGAUUUACGGCUCUCCCUG